AAUGGCAACAUCUUCAGUUAUGGCCGUCAGUCAGUUGGUAAAGAAGUUUGUGGUUGUUGCUUAAGCUUCACAAAAAAUAUAAGUUUCUUUAAUUUCGUGGUAUAGUGUUAAAUGACAAAUUGAAAACAAUUUUCGUGCAUUGGUGAAUGGAAGUUGACUAGAUAUAUCACAAUAAUUUUCGUGGAAUGUUUUUGUGCCGUCAACAGUAAUAGGAUCAGAGUAGUGAUCGCAGUUUAAUAUUGGAUUAUAGUUGCUGUUUACACAUUUAUACAUUGCUGAAAUUGUGCUCAGUGUAAAGUAUAGAUGAGACGCCGGUAGAGUCCGGUAUUCGGCGAGUAACGCCACGCUGCUCUUAUUGUAUAUUUAGGGGCGGUGUGUGAGUGUCGCACCGCCAUGUCGCACCACAGCGACGAACAAGCGCUGCUGUCAGUCACCUCAGACUCCUUCUGGGAGCCUGGUAACUACAAACGGACCACCAAGCGAGUGGAUGAUGGACACCGGCUCUGCAGUGAACUGCAAGGCCUGGUGCAGGAGCGAGCUGAGAUAGAGAAGACAUACGCCAAGAGCCUUCGAGGCUGGGCGAAGAAAUGGAAUGACCUGAUUGAAAAAGGGCCGGAGUAUGGCACGAUGGAGGCUGCCUGGAAGGGUGGUAUGGUGGAAGCCGAACGGCUGUCAGACCUCCACCUCAGCGUGAGGGACCGGCUCGUCAACGAUGUCAUGGCACAGAUCAAGAACUGGCAAAAGGAUACGUAUCACAAGUCAAUGAUUCAGCUUAAAGAACGGAAAGAAAUGGACGAAGCGUUCAAAAAAGCACAGAAGCCCUGGGCGAAAUUCUUGCAAAAGGUAGAGAGGGCGCGGAUGGAGUACCACACGGCGUGCAAACAGGAGAGAACAGCGCAGAACCAAGAGAGAAACGCUAGUGGCGACAGCUCUUUGAGUCCUGACCAAAUUAAGAAGAUGGCGGAACGUGUGACAAAAUGCCGUGAUGACGUAGCGAAAAAUCGUGACAAGUACCAGGCUGCAUUGGCUGAGAUUACGGCCUACAAUCCCCGCUACAUUGAAGAUAUGACAGGCGUCUUUGAACGCUGUCAGCAGAUGGAGGCCCAGCGACUUGUAUUCUUCAAGGAUGUGUUGUUUAGCUUCCAUAAAUGUUUGAAUAUUAGCCAGGAACCCAUAUUACCACAAAUAUACGAAGAAUUCCACCAUACGAUCAACAAUGCUGACCACCAAAAGGACCUCAAAUGGUGGGCGAACAACCAUGGCAUCAAUAUGGCCAUGGCGUGGCCACAGUUCGAGGAAUACACGGAGGAGUUCCGGGACAUCGCCAAGGGCAAGUCGAAGGAGAGCCUGCCCACCGGACCGAUCACCUUACUCAACCAGCGCCCUGUCAGCGAAGACGAACUCCCGCCAAUCACAAACAACAAAGUGAAGGCAAAUCACACGGAGCCUGUAGUACAAGUGAAUAACGCGCCGUCACAGAACAGCACAGCCAACAAUACCAUAGACAAGAAAUCUAUCAGUGCACCGAUCGCUGUCACGAACGGUACAGCAUCAGCACCAAAAUCCAACAAGGCAUCGCCCGUGAAGGAACCAAGCCGGCAAGAUAAUCCAUUCGAAGAAGAAGAGUGGGAGGAAGAGUCUGGAGGUCCGUUGACGGAUACGGGUGAACCGGGUGUGCCCGUGCGAGCUUUGUAUGACUACACUGGCGCUGAAAGUGACGAACUUAGCUUCCGGCAAGGUGACUUAUUCGAGAAACUAGAAGACGAAGAUGAGCAGGGAUGGUGCAAGGGGCGAAAGGAUGGCCGAGUGGGGCUCUACCCCGCCAACUACGUGGAGCCAGUGGGGCAUUAACGCCCUAUUGCCCCUUACCCUAACUGCGCAACAAACACUCGUGAAAGUGCCGCGAAUUAUUUAACACCACAUUAAAUCCUGAAGCAGGUCAUUUUAAUAUAUUUAAGUUGAAUAAAUUGUUUAAAAUAGACUUAAAGAAAUAUUAAUUAUUAAACAGUUGGGUAGUACGAUUGUAUUAUAUUUUUAUUAGAGAAGUUAAAUGUCGUGGCAUUUUCGCGAGAGUAAAUUUGGACGUAUUGUGACGUCACCCGACUUUGUAAAAUGACGUAACCGACUCUUUGUAUUGUGUAUUAAAGUUUAUUUACUAUUCAAUACUUAUCGAAGCGUUGUAAAUUAGUAAAUUAUAUUUAAAAUCGAUUAGCGGAAAUAGCAAAGGUAUUUGUUGCGUUGUGUUAUAAUUGACGACUAGACAUUUAAAUAGCAGACGAGUGUUGAAUUACAUUCAAAGUCUCCUACGCCUUAACGAUUCAAUCAAAUAUCUUGUUUGACAAAUUAAUAAGAUGGUCAAAAAUAAAUAUAAUAGAAAUUUUUAGAAAAGCAUCUACAAUUCAUUAGGGGCUGUCCUUUAGUCACGUGAGGUUCGAAAGGGGGGGGGUGGGGUUCGGGGUGUAGUCUUAAACCUCACUUUUAUCAUGGGGAGGGACGGGUUAAAAAAUGUUAUAAAAACAUCACGUGAUUAAUGGGUAGCCCCUUAGUUAUUGAUGUAAACUCAAAUCGAGUUUCUAAUAAACUUUAAUAGCUGACUACGCGUAAGCAAGCAAUAUAAAUAAAUGUAAAAAUGUUGUCAAUAAACUGAAUUUAAAAAAGGGGCAAGUAGGGCUCUAUCAGGCCACGUAAAGCCAGUGGGGCAUUAAAGCCCCUUAUUGCAUAUACUUAACGUAUUCUAUAUAUUAUUUAGCCUUUUCACUAAAGGCGUAUGAGAUUUUGAUUUUAUUUUAAAAUUCAAUUGAAUAUUAGAGUUGGGUGUAGAAUCAAUGCAAGACUUUUUUAAGUUAUAAAUGGCUCUAAAUUGGCUUAACGAGUGAUAUACGCGUGUGUUUUGACGUCGUUUUGAGCGCGUUUUUUUAAAGCUUUUAACGUGCACCUGAACGUUUUUUACUCUUGAAUUUUAUACGGAGUUGGAACGGCCAAGGGUAUUUUUCGAGGUUAUGUACACGGAAACCAAAAAUUUGAAAUUGUAGAGCGGGUGAAGGGUUUGAUGGCCUCUCGGCGCUUCGGUUUAGAGAAAUGAUCGGUUCGACCGACGACUUGAAGCCAAAAAUGUACGCUAACGCAUAGUUCUGUACAUGUCUCGUAGUGUAUUUAUUUCCUGUAUAUAAAAGUAUUUACGAAGCGAAGGGAGCCCUUAGAUGUAAUGUAUUAAUGUUUUCCUUUUGUUUUAUACCUCGUUUUAUUGUUGUAUCGUAAAGUAGCAACGAGUCACUAGUUGAGGCCGCGUAUUCUUGACUUGACGCGCCGUAGUUUUAUUGUUUGUUAUAGGUUCAGAGACCACUGAGAAAUUCAUUGUAUAUUAUUAUCAGAGAGGGUGGCUACGGACCACAUAUGUUAAUAUAUUAUUAAUAUUGGUAAAAUAAAUUGUUACAAUAUGA